AUGAUUGUAAAUUUAAUACUGACUUUUGCUAUGGUCGCGUUAAUUUCCACUUAUCAUGGUGUUCGUGGACUCGACAACGGAUUGGCUUUAACACCACCGAUGGGAUGGCUCGCGUGGGAGAGAUACAGGUGUAUCAUUGACUGUGAAAAGUAUCCCGACGAAUGUAUCAGCGAGAAGCUGUUUAUGAGAGCGGCGGAUUUGCUGGUCAGCGAAGGCUACGCAGACUUGGGUUACGAAUACGUCAUUGUGGACGACUGUUGGUUGGCCACGAAUCGAUCAGCAGACGGUAUGUUAGAAGCCGACAAGAAACGAUUCCCAAGCGGCAUCAAAGCUCUGUCAAACUACAUACACUCGAAAGGACUGAAGUUCGGUUUGUACCAAGACUUGGGCUCGAAAACGUGCGCUGGUUUUCCUGGAGUGUUGGGCAACGAGGCGAAGGAUGCCAAGCGAUUCGCGGAGUGGGAAGUCGAUUACGUAAAACUCGAUGGGUGCUUUUCGGACGUCAGGGACAUGGACAAAGGUUACGUUGAAUUCGGAAAACACCUGAACAAUACUGGGAGACCCAUGGUUUACUCGUGCAGCUGGCCGGCGUACCAAGAAUUCAAAGGCAUGAGGAUCGAUUAUGCUUCAAUAGCUGAACACUGUAGCCUGUGGCGCAACUACGGAGACAUUGACGACUCGUGGAGCUCCGUUAUGGACAUCGCCGAUUAUUUUGCCACGAAACAAGAAUUCUGGGCUCAGUACGCGGGACCCGGACAUUGGAAUGAUCCGGACACGCUCUUGAUCGGAAACUUCGGCCUGUCGUUCGACCAAAGCAAAUCGCAAAUGGCCAUUUGGGCCGUGUUGGCCGCGCCCUUGCUCAUGUCCACCAAGUUAUCUGCCGUACGUCCGGAGUUCAAAGAAAUCUUGCAGAACAAAGAAAUCAUCAAGAUCAGUCAAGACACUAUUGGCGUGCAAGGCACUAGAAUAUUUAGGGACGAGGAUAUUGACAUUUGGAGCAGACCGGUAAGACCUGUUUACAACGGAUUUUGUUCUUGUGCUGUAGCGUUCGUAAGUCGUCGCGCGGAUGGUGCUCCUUAUGCUUACAAAAUUACAGUGGAACACUUGGGGCUAUUAAAUCCCAACGGUUACACAAUCAAGAAUUUAUAUGGUGGGAAAUACGCAAACAAUAUCAAUAAUCAAUAUGUCUCGCGAAAGUCUGUAGUUCGUGUUCGAGUUAAUCCGUCAGGAGUUGUGUUCCUACGAUUCGACGUUAACAAGUUGAAGGAAGGAAAUGUAACUGCACUCAACCACACGGUAGAAUUUACAUAA